UAUGAGUUCUCCAGUUCUGGACACCACAAUAUGCCCGAACCACCGAUACAAGUUGAGUUUAUCAUGGAAUCAGCAAAGGAGAUGCCAGCACCCACUUCAUCAACCCUCUAAAACAAGUCGGAAGCCCAGAAAAGAUGGUGGUUCAGUUCAUCGAGUGAUGUCUCGGGAAAUAUACAUCAAGUGGGGAGUUUUUGUCCCAGUUGGCUCAGCUCUGUGUAAAGGAUGUGAGGCUAAACAUCGAGUAUCUGUGGCAAAUGUAGAACCAGAAGUAGAACCAGCACCCAUGGAUACAGAGUCCGCUGUUGCCUCUUCCUCUGUUCAACCAGCCGACGCCUUAGAAAACCCAGCAGACGGGACAGAAGGGCAAAUUUGAUGGGUGAUGUUGUUGCAACAGUAUCAUAAGGACUGCUGGUCAAGCACUCUUGAGCUGGGAGAGAGAAAUGAUAAGAGGGUGGAGACAGAUUUUCUGAAAUGUUGGUCUUUGAGUCAUGACUGGGCAGAAUUAGCCCAGUGAAAGUUGUCAGCUACACAUCAAGAAUUCUUGAUUUAGAAUGAAAGGGUACGACUUUAUUGGAUGUACAUUCAUCAGGCUUGACCUGAGAUUUUCCACGCCAUUGAUUGCAAAUGCAUUGUUCGCA